CAGGCCGCUGCGAGAGAUGGACCGGACAGACAGACCCCCCCAGAGUGGGGCUGACUACAGCUUCCUUGUGAGCCAGAACACAAAGCUCCUGAGUGCGCUGGAGGACCUGCGACACCGCUGCUCCAGCCUGGCUGAGGAGAACAGCUUGCUGCGCAGGAGCUGCUUCCCGCAGACAGAGGAGAAGGUGAAGCACCUGAAGAGGAAGAACGCGGAGCUGGCGGUGAUUGCCAAGCGCCUGGAGGAGAGAGCCCGGAAGCUCCAGGAGGCAAACCUCAAAGUGGUAACUGCUCCAGUGCCUCUGAAGGGCUCCAGCCUGGAACUGUGCAAAAAAGCAUUUGCCCACCAGCGUGCCAAGGACCUGACAGAGCAAGCCAGUGCUCUCCUGGCAAAAGACAAGCAGAUUGAAGCUCUUCAGCAGGAAUGCCGGGAACUGCAGGCUAAACUCUUGGCAGGGAAGGACGACCCUCGCUGCCUGAACAUCAUCGAGUUUGACCGCCUGCUGCGGGAAUCGCAGCAAGAGGUGCUGCGGCUCCAGAGGCAGAUCGCGCUCAAGAAUUUCAAGGAGUGUCUGCGUUCCUCCAAAAUGAGCUCAGGCAGUGCCAUGCCCAGUGCUGCCACACGUCUGGGACCGACAAAGUCCUGCCUCAGAGGUGCACCUCGACUGAAGGAGGCCUUGGGAGACCCAGCACUGGGAGGGAGAGCUCGCAGGGAGGUGGAACCAGGUGUACAACCACUGGGACCUGCCUCUGAAGGACAUGAAAAUUUUCCUCCCAAAAAUGCAGUAACAAACCAGGAGAGCAGCAAACAGAUACAGCAGCUGGAAGUUGAACUCAAGAAAAAGCGCAAAAAAUGUGAAAACCUUGAGCAUGAAGUGAGGAAAAAGCAUAAACGAUGCAAAGAACUAGAGAUCCAGCUGCAGGAGGUGCAGAAUGAAAAUGCACGACUGGCCGAAGAGAACUUGCAGCUGAAUGAGAAGGCUGAGUGGGCAGGACAGGUUGAAUCCGAGAAUGCUGACCUGAAACUGCAGGUUGUUUUAGUGACUAAAGAACGGGAUUCAGUAAUUCAGACUAAUCAAGGACUCCAAACCAAGCUGGAGAAUCUAGAGCAGGUGCUGAAGCACAUGAGAAAUGUGGCUGAGCGGAGGCAACAGCUGGAAGUGGAGCACAAGGAAGCACUGCUAGUCCUGCAGGAGAAGCAGGAGGAGGUUCGGCGGUUGCAGCAGGCUCAGGCAGAGGCAAGAAGGGAACAUGAGGGAGCAGUACAGCUUCUAGAGGCCCGGGUGAAGGAUCUGGAAGACCAGUGUCGCAGUCAAACAGAGCAGUUCAGCCUCCUGUCACAGGAACUCCAACAAUUCCGGCUUCAAACAGGAAAAAUCGACCUUCUCACCUCCACUCUGGUGACUUCAGAGCUGCCCCUUGCUCUGUGCAGCUCCGCCCCGCAGCCCCACUGGGAGAAGGAGUCAGCUGUUCCUGGGUUGCUCCAUCAGAGUACAAAGAAGGUUCACAAUGAAGAGAAUGACAAGCUGGAGCUGUCACAGCAGGGGCCAGACACCACCAUGGGCUCCCCAGCUGUUCCCACCAGUGCUCAGAAACAAUCUAAGAAAGGAGAGUCUCAGUCCAGCUCUUCAAAAUCUGAAUCCAUGCAGAACAGCCCCAAAUCCUGCCCAACUCCAGAGGUGGACACUGCAAGUGAAAUGGAAGAACUGGAUGUUGACAGCAUCUCCCUCAUGCCAGAGCCAGGCAGCCAAGGUGCUGCAAAGCUCCAGGUGUUCUUAGCUCGAUACAGCUACAAUCCUUUUGAUGGACCUAAUGAAAAUCCAGAGGCAGAGCUUCCACUGACUGCUGGAGAAUAUAUUUACAUCUAUGGAGACAUGGAUGAAGAUGGCUUCUUUGAAGGGGAGCUGAUGGAUGGCCGGCGAGGGCUGGUCCCCUCCAAUUUUGUUGAGCGAGUUUCAGAUGAUGACCUCAUGACGUUUCUGCCUCCGGAGCUGAAUGAUCUCACCCAUAGCUCAUACCAGGAGAAAAGUUUGGUCAGUGCAAGCACCAGCAAUGGAGAUAAGAGUGAGCUCUCCAUUGAAGAGGGUAGCAUCAGUCCGCUUGCCAGCAGAGCAGAAGGAGAUCAGGAGGAACCCGUUAGUCACACAGCAGUGCCUUACCCAAGAAGACUGACUCUUAUCAAGCAGCUUGCCAGAAGCAUAGUUGUAGGCUGGGAACCACCUCUUUUGCCAGCUGGCUGCCCAGACAUACAGAGCUACAACAUCUAUGUGGAUGAAGAGCUACGUCAGAACGUGAAAAGUGGCCUUCAGACCAAAGCAGUGAUAGAAAAGCUGGAUUUACACAGCAGGGCUUACCGUGUGUCCGUGCAGACGGUGACAGAGCACGGCAGCUCUGAUAAACUGCGCUGCACUUUCUUCGUGGGGCAGGAUUUUGGCAUGGCACCCACGAUGCUGAAAGUCAGAAGCGUCACGGCCACAUCAGCAGAGGUCACAUGGCUUCCCUGCAACAGCAACUAUAGCCAUGGGGUAUAUCUCAACGGGCAGGAGUGUGAUGUGACAAAGCCAGGCGUGUACUGGUACACCUUCCACAACCUGCAGCCCAGCACCCAGUAUGUGGCCAAGCUGGAGGCCCGGCCCAUGAAAACUCCUUGGGAAGAGGUGCCCGAGGGGCAGGAGCAGGACUCAGCCGUGAUACACUUCACUACCCCUGUAGCAGGCACACCUGAUGCUCCUUUGGAUGUCCAGGUGGAAGCUGGUCCCUCUCCAGGUAUCCUGGUUAUCAGCUGGUUGCCUGUUACCAUUGAUGCUGAAGGAUCUUCCAACGGGGUCCGGGUCACUGGAUAUGCCGUGUAUGCGGAUGGACAGAAGGUGAUAGAAGUUACUUCUCCAACAGCUGGGAGUGUCCUGGUGGACUUGUCCCAGCUUCAGAUGUUCCAGGUGUGCCAUGAGGUUUCUGUGAGGACGAUGUCUCAGUACGGGGAGUCUGUGGAUUCAGUUCCAGCCCAGAUUUCCUCACUGCUGCUGCGAUCCUCGCACUACACUUCCCCUGUGUGCACCACUGUCCCCUUCGGACUGCCCCGGGGGGGCCCCAGGGCCUCGCUGCCUGCUCGCAGCCCACAGCACACGCCUGCACUCCUGCUCCGACAGAAAACUCCUGCUGAGAGCUCAGAUGCCAAAUUGGCUGAUCCCUCCUUCAGCCCUGUCAGCUCAGCACGGCCCCUGACAGAGGAAGCCUCUUCCCCGCUGCACCUCCCCUCCCCUAGUGCUUCCUUGGCUCCAGCCACUUCCCCACAGGGCUUGGACACUGUGGGAGACAAGAAAUACCUGAGUGUGCCUCCCCAGCAGGCUGGCACAGUGCUCCUAGGGCAGGGCACAGAGCCUGGCCCUUCCCAGGAACUGGGAUUGCAACAGCCAGGUGAAGGGACAGAGGUGCAGUUUGUUUCCCAGAUGGAGCAACCAAGAACCAAAGCACUGGAGCUGGGAAGCCCGAAUGACAGCAGGGUGAAGCUCCAAACAGAAACCUCUGUGGAGGAGGCACCCAGUGCUGACACACAGAGAGAGGCAGAGAAGCACCUGAGCCCAGAGCCUCUGUCCUCCCCCAGGCAGGCUGGGGGCACACAGGACACCUUCCCAGAUGGAAACACAAGCGGGAGCAGCUGCCAGGACUUCCUGAGGUUGUCUUCUGGCAAGGAGGUGAUGAAAGAAAUGUCCAGAGUGAAAAAAGAGCAGGACGAAAAACUGUCGGAAAUGGGCCGCCGACAGUUGACCCUUUUCGCUGAGCACAACCGGAGUUCUGACCUUUCAGAUAUUUUGGAAGAGGAGGAAGAAGAUGAGCUGUAUUCAGAAGCUCUGGAAGAGAAAAAAUGGGAGCAGAGAGAGCCGUGUUCCCAGGACAAUGGGGAAAAGAUGGAUCUUUGUGAUACUGACAGCGAUGAGGAGAUUCUGGAGAGGAUCCUGGAACUCCCACUUCAGAAGAACCACAGCAAGAAGUUGUUCAGCAUCCCUGAAGUGACCGAGGAUGAGGAUGAAGAUGAGGAUGAGAAGGGUGUUCUAGAAGAAAAGAUAGACCCGCAAGACUCCUUGGAAACACAAACCUAUAAUUCAGGAAGAACAGAGAAACCACCCAACAGCAAGGAGCCAUUUCUAAAGGAAGAUGGGAAUAACACCUCCAUGGAUGUGUCUGCUCAGACUCCACAGGGGGAGCCUGGUGCUAAGGAGAGCAGAGUCGAUGCUGACCAUGCAGAUCCUGCCUUUGACCAGCUGGCUUGCAGUCAAAAGAAGGUGCACUGGAACUGGUGCUAUCAGGAGAAUGAUCCAAAGUCUGGGAGUGGGACAAGUCCCUCUUGGAGCAAGAAGAAGGGAAAUAAUUAUCAAGAGAAGAUCCGGAGUCGGCCUGAGUCAAGUAGGAAGAGACAGAGUGAUCUAACAGAGCACUGCAGUCGUCUGCUGAGCAACUGCAGCCAGAUGGGGAGUGGGUUAUACAGAGCUCCCAGUCUCAGGGAGGAGCUGAAUGUUGUCAGCAGUGCCGGUGGGAAGGAGGGGUUGGAUUUGUACAGCCGGGCCAGACAAGGCACCUUAAGGAAAAAAGCCCCAAGAGCAGUGGGAACAGGGGGGGCAGAACCUGCUGUGAUGGCAAUGCACUGCCCCAGGAGCCUGGAAAUAGACAUCGAAUAUGACUCUGAAGAUGAUCAGGAUUCAACCUGUGCAUCCUCUCCAGAGAGCAAACUGUGGCCAGAGAGGUUCCAGAGCUGCCAGGGCGACUGGAGUGACUGCUCCAGUCAAUGUGAGGCUGCCCACCCGGGUGGCAGAAGGCACCUGACCAGGCUGGAGAUGAUGGAAGAGCAGGGUAUGGAGUGGGCUGGGUCUCCAAGCCGGCACCUACGAUUUUUCUGCCGGGAGAAGGAAGCCCCGAGGUGUGAGAGCAGUUCUGAGGAGCAGGGCUGGGAGCUGGACUGUAAGUCACCUGGCUGGAGAAGGAGGUUCGAACAUUCUUCGAAGGGGAUACGUAGCACCUCCUUGCACAAAAGGGCAUCGAGUCAUAAAGAUUCCAGGGGCUCGGAGCCACCUGGCACAACCGCCUGGCAGGCUCCUAGCAGGAGGCGGAGCAAGAGCAUAAGAAGCCAAAUGCAGAAACCUUUGCUCUCUAGUCCAGGCCCUCCAAGGAACAGUGCUCCCGAGAGCUCUGGCAAAGAUGAUGACAUUCGGAUUUUUGUGGCUCUCUUUGACUACGAUCCUGUCUCCAUGUCCCCUAACCCUGAUGCAGCGGAAGAGGAGCUCCCAUUUAAGGAGGGACAGAUCCUGAAAGUUUGUGGAGACAAGGAUGCUGAUGGUUUUUACAGGGGGGAAUGUGCUGGAAGGGAGGGAUACAUUCCAUGCAACAUGGUGUCAGAAGUCCCUGUGGAGAGCAGUGAGCUCAAGCAGCAGCUCCUAAAGCAGGGGUUCCUGCCUGCAGACACAGAGAGCCCAGGAAAUGGCACAUUUUCUCCACCUCCACGCCGCCAAACUGUCCCUCCUCCAAAACCUAGACGCUCCAAAAAAGGGCUGGACAAACAGGAGUACAAGUCUCAGGCAGGGCAGAAACAUAAAGACAUUGAAGCAGAGCUGCUGGUUCCUCGCAGGAUGGUGGCUGCCUUUGACUACAACCCUAAGGAGAGCUCUCCAAACACAGAUGUGGAGGCUGAACUGACCUUCAGUGCUGGGGAUGUUAUCACUGUCUUUGGGUCCAUGGAUGAUGAUGGAUUCUACUAUGGAGAGCUGAACCAACAGAGAGGGCUUGUCCCUUCCAACUUCCUGGAAGCUGUCCCUUUGGAUGGAGACAUGGCUGAGGAAUUCCACUCAAAAGAUAAAGAAGCUCCUCUGCUGAGUGCUGAGAGCCAGAGAAUGAGGAAGAGAAGAGUGCAGUGAUAGAUAUGAAUGAUACAUAGAGCAACCAUGUAAGUGUGUGAGACCUUCAACCUCCCACCCAGCCCCACACCUCAAAGGCUCCUGCACCUGGAGUUGACUCCUUUUCUUGCUUGUAGUUUGACAGGCUGUUUUGAGGCUGUGGUGGCAAAUCCACCUUCAGGUCUGAUGUCAGACCUUUCACUGCCACCUGGGUUCUGUGGCAAAGGCAAACCAUUUGGCACGUGAAGUGCAGUUGGUUGGAACAAUUAUCUGGUGAUUUUGGGGACCAGGAUGGGACUGCGCUGGAUAUUCAGGUUUGGGAAGGACCUGCUUUGUAAUUCAGCUUGGCCCUUCUGUUCACAUCAACAGCCAAAGCAUCGUUUGGCCUUUGCAAGAUCCUCCUCAGUCUGAGCACACGUCUUGUUCAGCCUGGGAUUUUUCCUUCUGGAUUUUACUCCUUCCUGAGAAUAAUCCUGAAAAACCUCUGCCCACCAACCAUUUAAGAAAGUAGUAACAUUUAGUCCCUAAAACCAACCUUGUGUGGAUAAUUGUUCUGGGUCUGGGUGGGUGAGACCCCUGGUUUUGGGGGUCAACGGGAGCAGUCUUUGUUUUCCUUAGUUUCAAUUGUUUGUUUUCUAGAAAUUAUGUUAAUCAGUAACACCUGAGAGAGCUCUGAGACCACCCCUGAAAACUGACAUCACUCUUGUGUUUAUCACUCUAAUAACUUGUAUGAAGAUUUUGGCAGAGCAGUUUUUCUUCUGUUUUCCUUAGAGAAGAACCCCCAACUUUGCUAUGAUUUUUCUCUUACCACAUGAAUCUGUGAGCUGAUUCUGUUGCUUACCUGCCAUAUAGAGACCUCUGAGGAGGAAUUGUUUGUGGGGCAACUUCAGGUAUGUCCUGAAACUGUUCCACCUUUACCCAAAAAGUGUUUUUCAAUGGUGCAUGGACAGAGCCUCCACUGCUCUGGCUGCAUAGGGGCCUUUACAUCCCUCCCACAUCACUCCCUGAGUGUUGGUGAGCCCCAGCUUCUGGUGCUAGCCCAGUGCUUUUGGGCAUUUUAUCCAAGGAUUCCUUGUUGCAGAAAUCAUAAAUAGUUUCUGGAGCAGAACUUGGGGAUUCUUUAUUUUGCUCCCAGCUAAGAGAGUGGGCUCUAAGUUAGCCCUGGUCUGGCUUUCUUUUUAUCUUUGCCUCCAUGAAUCUUGUAUUUCUGGCUGCAAAUGGUUUAUCUGAGUUUAUUUGGAUUUACUCCCAGACUUCUUAGACCUGACUAACACUGGGCUUAUCAGCACCAAGAGCUGUUCUUUGCCCAAGGGAGCUGCCAGGAUAGACAGAGGUUGCAGCUGCUGCUGCAGCAUCGGUUGGAGCGGACCUUGCAGGCAGAGUGCAGCUUUCCCAAGGGCCAGCCUGGGCCAUCCAUCAGCACGUGUGACAUCCUGCAGCAUGUCCUGGGCAGCAGCUGGCCUUAGGGCACAGUGCUGCACACCUGGAGUGUUACAGGAGUGCCUUGGAAAGCAACAUUUUCAGGUGAGCAGAGAGUGUGAGCUGAGGAGAAGUCAGUGGUGGGAUUGGUUACUGUCAUAGAGAGACAGAGAGGAGCUCCAGCUCUGUCCUGUAGUUCAGGUAAGGGAGAGUCCGAUGGCUCUGGCACACCCCAGUGAUUGCUGUGAGGCAGAAGUUGACUCUCAGCUUUGUGGAGUUGGGAGGAGUCACAAAUCCACGUCAAGCUGGAGCUCCCUGUGCUCCUGCCCACUCAGAACUGGCUCUAUGAGUACUGUAGGUGCUGACUCUGGCUCAGAGCAGAGAUUUGUGCUCAUCC